AGUUUUGAAUUAAUUAGUAGUUUUGUGCAGUUGCAAAAUUCUUUAUCCAGCAUGGCUAAAUUCUUAAUGUUGUUCACAUUUUUAUUACUUGCUCUGGUUGCAAUUGCUUCUGCGCAGAAAGGACAUAGCGGCCAUGGCAAGCAGGAACAUGGUAACCAUGGCGCAAGCAUAGGUCACGGAGGUGGUCGACAAGGACAUAGUGCAAAUCAUGGGCAUGCUCAACCGCAUGGACAUGCACAAUCUCAUGGACACGCUCAAGCUCACGGGCAUGGACAUAGUCAAGGUCACGGACAUGCUCACGGUCAUGGUCGAUUCUAACGAUUAGGUGGAUAACAUUAUGUAAGAGAUAGGCUGCGUAAAGUGUAAUCCAACUAAGUGUGUAAAUGACUUUAAGUAAAUUAAACUGACUAAAUAAUUUAAAAUAUCAACAUACAGUGAUUGAAUAGAUCCGAAAGAAAUUAACAAUAU